CCACCAUGGUCCACAUCCUCGGCGUGAAUUUGCCAGAUAACCACCUCGCACGAUUUGCUCUCACCAAGUUUUAUGGUAUUGGUCAUAAAACUGCACACCGAUUGUGCGCUCGUUUGCAGGUUCAUGAUAAAUGCAAGGUGAAAGACCUUUCGCCGUUUCAAGUAACCUCCCUGGCUUCUUUCCUUUCGGCACCUGCGAGGGAAAUUCGUGAAAACAUCGCCCAUCAACGGAUGAUUGGAAGCUACGUCGGAAAAAGACACGCGAUGCACCUUCCUGUGAGAGGACAAAAUACACAAUCCAAUGCUAAAACGGCAAAGAAACUCAACCAGCUUGAUCGGUAUUGA